AUGGGUGAUGAACAAAGCAAAGUAGAUCAACGCUUAGUAAAUAAUCCUGGAGUUAGAAGGGAUAUUUUACUAAAAAUUCAACAAAUGUUAUAUCUGGAAAGUAAAUAUGUUUGCGAUUUCAAGAAUGCUCUCGAUCAAAUGCCCCAAGACGACAUGCAAAUUAUAAUUCGUGCUGGCAGAACACCAGCUGGAGAGCAUGAACGGCAGUUUAAUGCACCUGUUUUAAAUGAAGUGGCAAUUGUUAUUGAUGGAAAUGAAUUUGAACGGCGCGAUAUAAUGUUGCAUAAAAGAAAUAACCAGCUCCAAAGCAUAUCAGAGACACACAAGUCUUAUGAUGCUCUACAAUAUCCAAUAAUAUUUCCUCGAGGUGAAAAUGGCUACUAUAUCAGUAUCAAGCAAGUGGAUCCUACAACGAAACAGGAACAAAGGAAAACUGUAUCGGCUAAAGACUUUUAUGCCUACAGAACAAUGGUGACAGACAAAGAUAAUCACAUCUUGAAUUGUCGCCAGCUUUUUCAUCAAUUUUUGAUGCCAAAAUAG